AUGAUGAUCAGACCCGUCAGAGUAUCGAGGACAAGGUCCACAUGCCAGUGGAUUACAUCAACAUCCGCACCAGGCACGAAUGUUGGAGCGUAUGUGGGCUCUGCGGUCAUGACUGAUGAGACACCUGUGGUUUCUUCCUCUCCUCCGUACACAGUAUAUGCCACACCGACACCUGAGGCAUAUGGUUAUGGUCCAUACGGUGGUGCAUACCCACCAGGAACUCAAGUUGUCUAUGCUGCAACUGGGCAAGCGUAUGCUGUCCCCUACUAGUACCCAUAUGCAGGACUUUAGGGACAGCACCCUACCAACCAAGUCAUCUGUGAGCGGUAUCGAGACGACAGUGAUUUGGCAUUGGGCAUGCUGGCUGGGGUGGCCAUGGGCAUGGCCUUAGGCUCUCUCUUCUGGGUCUUCUAG